ACAGCAUAACACCAUCGGGUAGUUAUAAGUGAUAAUGAAUACUAUUAAAGCUAUUAAAAAUGCAAUAGUCUGUCUCGUCUUGCUGCCCCGCUUUCUAAUGGCAGCACUCAUAUUUUGGCUGCUUGACUUUUUAUGCAUAAGGAGAAGGGUUUUCUUCAGGAUGAAGCAGCAGGAGGGCGAUGCCAUCGAUCCUCCACUGUGCAUAUCGGACUCCAAUCGUCUCUUCAGCCUUGAGUCCCUCAAGGCAGUGUGGCACGGCCAUAAACUGGACUUUCUGAAGGCAGCGCAUCUCGGACACGGAGCCCCCAACACCGAAGUUGUUCAGCUGGAGGAUCAGAGGCGCAGCCGCAUCCUCGAUUACGCAAAAGAAAAGAGACCGCUCAUCCUCAACUUUGGGAGCUGCACCUGACCACCGUUCAUGGUGCGUCUGAAGGCUUUUCGGGGAGUCGUGCAGCAGAACGCAGAUAUAGCAGACUCUGUAGUUGUGUACAUCGAGGAAGCGCACCCCUCCGACGGCUGGAUGAGCACUGACGCGCCCUAUCAGAUCCCCACACACCGGUGUCUGGAGGACCGACUAAACGCUGCGCAGCUGAUGCACCUGGAGGUGCCCGGCUGCCCGGUCGUGGUCGACAGUAUGGAAAACUCCUCCAACGCUGCGUACGGAGCCUAUUUCGACAGACUUUAUAUACUGCAGGAGGGAACGAUAGUUUACCAGGGUGGCAGAGGACCCGAGGGGUAUCGGAUCACAGAGCUCAGAGACUGGCUCGAUCAAUACAGAGAAACGCUGGAGAAAUCCAGUAAUCUAGUUAUUAGUGUAGAUUAAUUCUCAUCUUUGUAUAGCUGCUAUGACGAAAACAAAAUGCUGCAUAUUAUUUCAGUAUUAUAACUCCAAUUAGAUAGAUUUCCUCCGUCAAUAUUGGUUUAAGUAUAUUUAUUUUUCAGUAUUUUGUUCAACAUUGUAGGAUGCACUAGGCUAUAGGCUCCUUCAUGUCAUAUUGGACAUCUAGACGUGCUGUUUAGAAUCCAUCUACAAAAAGGUUUGUUUGGACCUUGAUUGUUUGUGAACAAAAUUAUUUUGUGUGUCAAAAGUUUUUAUUUUUAUUUUGUAUUUCUUCUCCUUAUGUAAAUGCGCCUUUAAUAACCCAUCAGGAUGUUGAGAUGUGCCAUCACUCUGCUCGUCAGUAUAUAGUGAAGUUCGGUUUUUAAACGGGCUGAAUCCAGAGAACCGAUACUGAUGUUUUACUGGAGAUCACGCGUGAAGCUACUGCUCUCUGCCCUGCAUGGCGCAACUGUUAUGUAAAUAUUGUUACGUUUUAUGGAUAUAUUUUUCAUACAAUAAAAUGCUUUGAUCUACUUCUUCAUUGCAGGCCUAUUUUAUUUCAAACUAAA